AUGGUAUCAAGUGUUCUGUACAGACAUUUAAAGAUAUCUGACUGCCUGUUCCAUGUUGAUGACCUGGGUAUCAAAGCCAAGCAGUCUACUCCAACAAACAGCUGUUUCUUUCCCCAAGAGGUUUCCAUGGCAAGAACGGAGAGGAAGAUACAGAGACGGCAUAACAGGACUGCUUUGGAGGAGAGGGAGGGGACUGAAUUUUCCUUUUCAGGUCCAGACUUCUGGGGGCUGCUGAACCAGGAGUGGGGUCUGUGCAGUCACGGCAAGUUCCAGUCACCCAUCGACGUUGUACCCCGGGCACUAGUUUACGACCACAACCUGAAACCGCUCAGAGUGGACAAACAUAGGGUAGACGGGUCUCUGACGAACACCGGACACGACAUCGUGUUUGAGGUGAACCACACCGUGAAGCCGUCGUACACGUUCUCCGGCGGCCCGCUUUGCUACACCUAUACCAUUCACCAAAUCAAGGUGCACUUUGGAAAGGUCGACCAGAUCGGUUCGGAACAUUCCGUGGCAGGUCGUCCGUUUCCGCUAGAGUUACAACUGUAUGGCUACAAUUCUGACUUGUAUGUUAAUUUCUCAGAAGCGAAAGUGAAACCACACGGAAUAGCAGCCAUGGCUAUAUUUGGAAUGAUUAGCAGUGAAAAAAACUCAGAGUUUGAGAUUUUAGUCCAAGCAACAACACAAACUCGAUUUAAAGGCGAUCGGUUAUCCAUAGGUAGUUUUUCUAUACUUUCUAUCCUCCCGAACACGGAGAGCUAUCUGACAUAUGACGGGUCGUUCACUCAGCCCAGCUGCAUGGAGACCGUCACGUGGAUCAUAUUCAACAAGCCACUGCAUAUAACGAAAGAACAGCUGUUUAUUUUGCGUCAGUUACACAAGGCGCCGGAAGGCACCCCGCAGUUACUGAUGGAGAACAACUUCCGUCCACCCAUGCCGAUGAACAGAAGAACUGUGCGGACGAAUAUAGCCCCGAAAAAAGAGCAUGAAAACUGCGGAGUUAAGCGGAUAACAUUUUACGAAGUUAAUGACAAGUACAAAAUCAAUUGAACAGUUGGCACAUAUGAGAUACACCGAACGUUCAUUAAGUGCUUCCACUAAAACAGAAACAGCACGACCAAGUCUUUCAAUGAUGUGUGUGGGCAGGGCAGUGGCGAUCACUGCCGUUUCAUACCGACCACUAUUUUCAACUUCUGGGAACUGUAUGAUGCAGAAUUGUGGCCAAUAUGGAGUACAUAUUCAGAUAGACCCUUUCCAAGUGACUAAUGUUAAUAUCAAAUAGCUUGAUAUAUUUGAAAAGAAACAAUUUCAAUCUGGAGUCUGAAAUCAGUGAAAUAGUCCCAAAAGUGACACAAAAUGAAAAUAUAAUAGAAUGUGGAUCAUGUUUUCCCUACAUUGGUAAGGAAUCUACAAACUGGUCUGGAAAGUGUUCAAGAAUAACACAAGAUAAGAACCUGGAACACUUAAAGACACAUGAUGAGAAUUGAAUAUGGAACAGCUAUUUCCCAUACGAUUAAGGAAACUGCAAAUUGGUCUGGAAACAUGGCCAAGAGGACUGUGCUGCCACGGAGCGAUGUGGAGAUCGGAGGACAGCUGAAUACGCAUUGCAUGACUUGCCGACUACCUAUGCAAACAUACAAAACAAACGACAUGUAUGGUGCCAGUAUAGAAUAGACAAUGUCAUCUGCUAGACCAAAGAUAAACAAAGGCAAAUAUAUCGCAUAAUAAAUAAGCUCAAGUACAAAGUUUUGAAAAGUGGACUGCAAAUCCCAGCAGUUUUAAGAAUGUCCAAUGUGACGUUAUAGUAGAACAAUGCCAUGACGUCAUGGUUUGGCAAAACAUCGAGGAAAGCUUUACUGAUGGGGAACUAUUUUUUAACACACAUUUUAUAUCUUUAUUUAUGAAAUUUCUUCCAGACUUUAUGUGUUCAAAGGCUCAGCAAAACCUUUUUGAAAUAAUGCAUUGAAAAAUCAGCGUCUAGUAAUGAUAUUCCGUAAACAUUAUAUUUGUAAGCGAGUAUACACAUCUGUAGAUAAAUGAUAGUAUGCCCAUGACCUACAUACUGUACAUAGCAUUAUGUCAUGUUGUCGAUGUGUGUGAUAACGGUGUAUAUAUGAAAUACAUACAGACGUGGUGGUUCUUCUUUGACUCACAGUUCGUUAUCAAUGGGUCAUAUGGUGUUUUCAAGUGGAUGUAUGAAUAUGUAUCUUUAAAACUUUCUGUAACAUAAACAAUAUUGCUUUAAUAUACAAUUCAAGGACAGACAUUCGGCUUGUGGAAAUAUGAGAGAAAUGGUGGAUCACACGCUAGUGUCUUGUACAGUUUGUUAUAGUGCAUAGUUUGACAUUUUGAAAAAUGAGUCAGUUCAGUGGUAUAUUGAUAAGUUGUAACACAGCUUGUUUAUCUGACAUGGAUUAACCCAUAUCUAUUUGCGGAAAAGUAGUUUACUACAUUAUAUACAAGUAUAUGGUCAUGGGUGUCGGAAACUGGGGUGGGGGAUGGACAGGGGACACUGCCUCCACCUCGGAAGAUAAUAUAUUGCCCUCCCACCUUGUUGGAAGGCAAACAUGAUAUAUUAUUGAACACUGUAGUUGCCGACAUCUCCCUACGCCUACGCCGUGACACUAAAACGUCCUGGGUCCUGAAAUCGAUUCACGGAUGGUUAACAAUGCCCAGUGUAUAACUAUGUAGCGACUACUACAUGGUUAACAAUAAACAAUAACGUAAAUUAACAAUCUUUUCGGUGCUGUACUAAACUGUGGAUAAAAGAACACAGUAUGCAAUUACACAUGAUUGGUUAGCUUGAAUAUUUGUGUGUACAUAUUUAAUAGGCAGUGGUGA